GCAGGUGCCCGGAUGUUAUCUCCCCCGUUCAACAUGGCGCCGGGAAAGUGAGACUUCAGCUAACGGCGAAACUGUUGACCCAAAGUUCGGCGGCCCAUGUUCUUCUGAGAGCCGGAAAGUUGGCCAACAUCCCGGAGGCGCAGCGGGGAAACUUUUACUGCAACUUCCCGGGUCGGAUGCUGGCCUGCAGCUUCCACCAUCAUGUUCACCAAGAAGAAAAAGUCUCGCAUCGAGAUCUCGGCUCCGUCCAACUUCGAGCACCGCGUGCACACGGACUUCGAUGAGCAGGAGCAGAAAUUUGUGGGGUUGCCGCGGCAAUGGCAGUCGCUCAUCGAGGACACGGCCCAAAGGCCCAAACCUUUCAUCGACGCCUCGGUCAUCACCACUGUGGAGCCACGAAAGACGAUUGUCCGCGGCACCAGGCUGGGAGCGGACGGUUCGUUAACAUGGCUGCUGGAUGAGUUCGACACCAUGUCUGUGACCCGCUCCAACUCUCUGCGCCGAGGCAGCCCCCCCAUCCGGCCCCGCAAGGACUCCAGCUCCUCGGGUGGAGUGCAGGAGAACGGAGACCCUUACCAGAGACACUACUCCCACCCCGACAGACUGGACAGAGAUCCACCAAGGCUAGAACACUACGGGGCUGACCCCCGCCUGGCAGUCCGUCCCAAUCAGAGGGAUGAGGGCAGCCUGAGUCGGCCCCAGCAGCAGCCUCGAGGCCAGGAGCCCAGCAGGGCUCCCAAGGACAGAAUUGGCUCUGGACCUCCCCCUCCCCCCCACAGAGACAGAGGACCUCGAAAGCAGGAGCAGGUUUGGAGGGAGCCCAGCGACCAGCGCCCGAAAUCCAGCUACACAGCGCGGGACGGCAGUCCUCAGUCCCCCAGAGACAAGAGGCCUCUGUCAGGACCCAACAUCCACACCCCCAACCUACCGGUGACCGACGGAGGGAUGAAGACCGCCCAACAGACCACACGACCCUUUAAUACCUACCCGAGGUCGGACAGCGAAGGUGGACGGAGCCCCACAGGACAGCCGGUCCUACACCAUGAAUCCCCCCCUCAGAACGGGCCCUCAGGCGUCCCCUCCAGAGUUCACGCCGGUUCCAAGCCGCCCGUUAACCGGCAGCACUCCCACCACGCUUCCCACCCCAGCCUGACCCGGGAGGCCUCGCACCACCCACACACCCCUCACCCGAACGUUCCCGCCCCGCAGCCCCCCGGACCCCCGAUGUCCGUCGCUCCCCCCCAGGCUCGCUCACCACAGAGAGAGCCCCAAAGGAUUUCACACGAGCAAUUCCGAGCGGCGCUACAGAUGGUGGUCGAUCCCGGUGACCCGCGGACCUAUCUGGACCAUUACAUCAAGAUAGGGGAGGGGUCCACGGGCAUCGUGUGCAUCGCCACGGUGAAGACCACUGGCAAACUGGUGGCAGUGAAAAAGAUGGACCUGAAGAAGCAGCAACGCAGAGAGCUUCUCUUUAACGAGGUGGUGAUCAUGCGGGAUUACCAUCACGAGAACGUGGUGGAGAUGUACAACAGCUACCUGGUGGGAGACGAACUCUGGGUCGUCAUGGAGUUCUUGGAGGGCGGAGCUCUGACUGACAUCGUGACGCAUACGAGAAUGAACGAGGAGCAGAUAGCCACGGUGUGCGUCUCCGUCCUGAAGGCGCUGUCGGUCCUCCACUCCCAGGGCGUCAUCCACCGAGACAUAAAGAGCGACUCCAUCCUUCUCACUCACGACGGUCGGGUGAAGCUGUCGGACUUUGGUUUCUGCGCUCAAGUGUCCAAAGAGGUGCAGAGACGCAAGUCUCUGGUGGGAACGCCGUACUGGAUGGCGCCCGAGCUCAUCUCCAGACUGCCGUACGGACCUGAGGUGGACAUCUGGUCUCUGGGCAUCAUGGUCAUAGAGAUGGUGGACGGGGAGCCGCCGUACUUCAACGAGCCGCCGCUCAAAGCCAUGAAGAUGAUCCGGGACAACUCUCCUCCCAAACUGAAGAACCUGCACAAGGUCUCCCCGUUGCUCAAAGGCUUCCUGGACAGGAUGCUGGUUCGAGAGCCGGCUCAGAGGGCCACGGCCAGCGAGCUCCUCAAACACCCCUUCCUCGCCAAGUCGGGCCCGCCGUCCUGCAUCGUCCCGCUGAUGAGGCAGAACCGAAUGAAGUGAGGGCGGGGGCGGGGGUGUGCGUUCCAAGACCAGAACACUCCUGCACACAGAGGUCGGGGGUCAAACGCCGGCGGUUUGCAGGAGGGCCCCUCGAGAACCGCGGGGAGCGCUGAGCGAAAGGCAGUAAGCUGCAGGCUGAAGGUGCAGCUGCAGCUCCCCGCCGGACGCUCCACCCCAAUCCUGCAGUGAACGUUGCUUUUGCACAUCGGCCGGACGCCCUGAAGGGGUCUAGAAUGUCCCUUCUGGGCCUCCUCCUCCACAGACGUUCUCCCAAACCGAACACUAUCUUCAUCCAGAAGCUACUACUGAGAGACGAGAGCUUUGACCUAAACACUGGAUCCCACUAGAUGAUUCUUUUCCUGACAUGAACAUAGAGAUAUAUCUGUUUAACAGGCCACUGUUGUGUUUUCUGUUCUUCCUCUUUAGAGUGAUGAUUUUGUGAAGCACUGUGGAGAUAGACGCUGCUUUCAGCCGAGCAGACACUAAACCUUUUUAUUUUUAGUCCGCACGUUACUCAGACAGCAGCGGGAGAAGCAGCUCGGCUUCUCCGAGGCCACUUCCUGCAGCUGAUUUCUGAAACUCCGUGUAGAAAAUAAGCUAAAAGAGGCGCCGUUUUCCUUUCUUCUUCUCCAGCUCCCACCUCUCUCUCUGCUGCAGCUCUCCGGCUGCUGUUUACAGUAAACGAUGUGGAUUUUUAUGCCGUCAUGCUGCGUCGCCCGUCUCCUUAACGCCUCAUCGCGGGAUCACCCGCCAGUCUCUGAGCGUUUCUUCAGGUUCACCUUAAAAAACAAAGAAGAAUCAGCUCAGAUGAUCGGGUUCUUCCAGCUCUGAUCCUCAGAGGAUGAACUUCUUAAAUGUGAAGAACUAAAUUGAUCGUUUUUGCUCUCCUUCAGGCCAAGUUUAAAGCCGCUUUACCUCCACGGCAGACGUCCAGACGGCUGUUUGGCGUUCUGGAUCUGCUUCGUGGCGUGAAGUCGGUUUAUGAAAGCCGCGAUGGAACCAACAGCCGGAACUUCUCGGCUCCGUUGAUCCAAAAGCGUCACAGGAAGAGCGAUGGUUUUGUUGUUUCCCGUUUUACCAGGUCAACAGAAGUCUCCAGUCAUCUCUGUGUUCAUGUAAACACGCGUGACGUGGAGCUCCGGUCCCUGAGAUGAAGAGUCGAGCCUUUCCGCCCUGAUUUUAGUGUCAACAGACGGCUGAUCAAAGUCUUUUAAGAUCAUUUAACAGAUACGCGGUUUUAUUUUAUUUUAAGGAUUUCAGAGCCUUUUAGUUCCUGUUCUGUGCCUGUCAGUUAGCUGUCAUGCCUUAACGUCUUUGUUUUCGAACCGGUCACCUCAGCUGCUGAGAAUCCGCAGGUUUUCCUCGCCACGUCCGACGCGACCUGUUCGGCCCGACUUCCCGCCGCAGCAGGACGCCUCUGUAAAUGUCACUGUAAAAACGUCUUUGCAGAUUUGACUCUUUUUGCAAAUACAGUUUUUGUUAAGGA